AUGAAACAUAUUACGUAUGUGGGCCUUGGAAUGAAUGUUGUCCUUACUGGAACAAAGGCAUUUGUUGGUUUUUUGAUGAAUUCCUCUUCCCUUCUGGCAGAUGCUUUACACUCACUAUCGGAUAUGAUUUCUGACUGUGUCACUUUAGGUACCGUCAAUUACAGUCGCCGUCCUCCGAACAAGAAAUGGAUUUAUGGAUACGGAAAGUUGGAAACCGUAUCCAGUUUGUUUGUCGCCGGCAUCUUGCUUGGUACUUCAGGGGCUGUAUUUGUGCAUAUAUCCAAUUGCCAAUCGCUCUGUCUCCUUCACCACACGCCUAUGAACUGUUUAUAUCCCUUGAUAAGUCACUCCCACGAGCUGAUUUCUUUGUCUCCCGGCUCCAAAAUCCUCGAUGGAAUCGGUCUGGGGAUUUUGCUUGCCUCGGUGGGUAUGAAGGAGUGGCUCUACCAAGAAACGAUGAAGAUUUCUCGCAAAACUGACAGCAGUGUGCUCAAGGCGAACGCUUGGCAUCACCGAGUCGAUGCUCUCUCUGCCAUUGUGGCUUUAGUCGGUGUGUCUGGCCGUUUCAUCGGUGUUCCUUGGCUCGAUCCUGUGGCCGGAGCGGCGGUGGGCGCCGUGGUGUUGAAGACGGGCUGUGAAGUGGGAUGGAAGUCGCUGAAAGAAUUGGUGGAUGUGGUGCUGAGCAUGCUGCGUGAAGUGUAG